AUGGCGUGCCGCUUUGUUUACUAUGCCCCCUUUGGCAAUACCUGGACAGAUGCUACGCCCCAAAGCACGGGCAUUUACUGUAGCCCUCGGUCGCACUUCUUCAGUGCUUCACAUCCCUCCAAGUCUCCUGUUUUGUGCAAAAUGGAAGUAUGUGAGGAGUUCCUGUGGGAGGAGGAGGAGGAGGAGGCCCGCCCCGCCGAAGGCCGCCGCCCCAUCGUCACCUCCUUUCAGCCCCGGGUCCAGCCCGAGCUGGUGCUCUUCAGUUUGUUCAACAGCGGCGAAAGUGCCCUGCGGAGGUUUCUGCCCAAGAGCCACCUGUCGAAGGUGAUCAUCCAGGACAACACCAGUGUCCAGCGGGUGCAGGAGAUCAAGCUCAAGCACAUUGAAGCCAGCAAAAAGAAAGUUGGCAGCAUGUUUGACCAGAUGAAAAAGAAGUUUCUGCACGACCAACAGAAGAAGAUGGACCGCUGGAAGAAGGAGUUUCACCACUACCAGCUCAUGCUGGAGCAAAUUGACCAGAGAGCCGCCAUGAAGCAGAGCCGGGUGACCUUUCCGGUUGUGGAAGUACAAAGGUCGUUUCUAGACUGGGGGGAAAAAGAGCAGGCGCAAGACCCAACUGGCACUGGCACCUGAGGAACAGCGUCGAAAGGCGGCCCCCCGUGGCCUGGAAGUGACUGUGUUUUCCCACUAGCUGUCCCUAAGACUUGUCGUCUCCUUAGGCAAAGAGGAUUAAAGUUGGAGAAAGGCCUUCUUGUUAUUCUGGAAGGAGAAAAAGCACUCUUGUCCCUUUAGUUGGAGCAUUGUCGGUGGCCAGAG